UGAGUAGUGAGAUUCGCCGUCUCUGCAAAGUUGUUGUGUUUUAGACGAUUUUUUAUCGUGAAAAUGCUUUCUUUACGGAGAGCAGCAAGCAUAUAUGGUAGACGAACUCGUACGGUUUGUCUUCGUGCAAGUUURAGUCAAGCAGCUCGUUUGAUUGAACGAAAACCGGUGUUGUUAUGGAGCGCCAGUAAAAAUGCAAGCCUUUGUCGAUUCGCUCUGCCCUCUACUUCUUCAUUGAGAUGGUAUUGCUCCAACGGGUUACCACCUCACACCAAAGUCCCUCUCCCUGCGCUGUCACCRACCAUGGAGGCAGGAACCAUUGUCAGUUGGGAGAAAAGCGAGGGGGAUGAAUUGGAAGAGGGGGAUCUCAUGGCUCAAAUUGAAACGGAUAAAGCAACAAUGGAGUUUGAAACACCUGAAGAAGGCUACCUUGCAAAGAUUAUGAUCCCAGCAGGGACUAAAGAUGUACCUAUAGGRAAGCUCCUCUGCAUUAUUGUCCCUAACCAGGAAGAUGUUGCAAAGUUUGCUAAUUAUGUACCUACAGAAGAAGGAGCUCCAGCCAAACCUGCAGAGACAGCAGCAGCUGAGACAUCUGCACCUACCCCUGCAGCAGCCCCUCCCCCACCUCCACCCCCUGCCUCAUCUCCUGCCCCAGUAGCACCAGCAAGAGCUGAGGGAGAAAGACUGUUUGUAAGUCCAUUGGCUAAGAAACUAGCUCAAGAGAGAGGAAUAAAUCUUGCAAGUGUACAGGGAUCAGGUCCAGACGGGAGGAUUAGAGGACAAGAUAUCCAAGCUGCCGUUGCUGCUCCACCUACUAUGGCUGCUCCUAUGGCCGCAGCACCAAUACCAGGUGCUGUAUAUGAGGAUAUUCCAUUGACAAACAUGAGACAAGUUAUUGCAAAGCGGCUUGUACAAUCCAAGCAAACAAUCCCUCAUUAUUACUUGUCGCUAGACGUUAGGAUGGAUGAUCUCAUCAGUGUCCGUCAACAAUUAAAUGAGCAAAGUAAAGGGGAUUUCAAGCUGUCAAUCAAUGAUUUUAUCAUCAAAGCAUGUGCAUUGGCUUGUAAACAAGUACCAGCUGCUAACUCUUCCUGGAUGGGAGACUUUAUAAGACAGUACAAUAACGUAGACAUAUCUGUUGCCGUAAGCACUGAUAAUGGACUGAUAACACCAAUCGUCUACGAUGCAGAUAAAAAAGGUUUGACUUCGAUAAAUUCAGAUGUGGUAUCUUUAGCAGACAAGGCACGCAAUAACAAGCUAAAGCCACAUGAAUUCCAGGGUGGUACUAUCACUAUAUCUAAUCUUGGCAUGUUUGGCAUUAAAAACUUCUCAGCUGUUAUUAAUCCACCACAGGCAUGUAUAUUAGCAGUAGGAUCAACAGAAAAGGCUGUAAUUCCAGAUGACAGCAGUGAAAAGGGAUACAGUGUAGCCAAUGUAAUGUCAGUCACACUGAGCUGUGACCACCGUGUUGUUGAUGGUGCAGUUGGCGCUCAAUGGCUUUCAACCUUCAAAAAAUAUCUGGAAAACCCUUUAACAAUGUUACUGUAAAUACAAGAUUGACUGGAAAGUCUAGUGGUCAUGAAACUUUUUAGGUUGGAAUUCCUGCAAAUAUGACACCAUUGGAGAUGAAAUGGGUGCAAUCUAUUUCUUAAGCACUCUGAGACUUUGGAGGGUUUGUCUUCAGUGAUCAAGUGAAGGGAUAGAAGGGAUAAAAUGUAGAACAAAUUUAAGUGUUGUGACAAGCAUUGGGAGAAGCUACACAUCAGUACAAGUAAUAUUUUUAUUUACAAUAAAAAAAAAUGAAUUCUCAUUACCACAAUUCUUACAAGUUACAAGACAAAUCAAAUUAAGUUUUUAAAAUUGUUACUGAAAAUUGAUGUUAUUGUGAUGCUUUGCUCCUAAUAGUUCUUAAAUAAUGCUGAAUAAACUAUGGUGUGAAAAGUUUUUA